GGAAAAAAUGUUGGGUUUCUCUCUCUUUAAAAAGAGUGUCUGUUUGGGGUUUGAAGGCAGAGAGCAGAAGUCGCUGCAGAGCUGUCACCGCUUGUCAGCUGCUUAGGCUAUUCCCAGCGACUCCAACGGACCCUUGUCAGAAAGAAAGAGAGAAAGAGAAAGAGAAACAAACGCAUAAACCGAAAGUGUCCGUACAAAUGGAGGACUGCGAGAGAGAGAGAGAGAGAGAGAGAGAGAGAGACACUACAGCAAAGCUUUUCCAUUUAUAGCUUCGAGAUUCUCUUUUCAGGGUCUGGAUAAAUUUUAGUCAAAGAAAAUGCACUAAACAACAGGAUGUUUUAAUGUGUUUUUAUACUGACCACAAACACUGUUUAUGUUUCGGGUCUUUUCUUCUUCUUUGUUCAUUUCUUUUCUGUUUUAUUUUUUCUUUGCUUUCUGGUCUCUGGGUGAGGAUUCUGUUGUUCAUUCAUGGCAACUGGUGAUGGUGGACAGCAUGAUCAAGCUUCUUCUCACACUACUAUUACAAGGGAGAAUGGAAAGGAUUAUUGCCUAUUAUCAGAGAGAGAAACACUUGCAGAGGCUUCAGUGAAACAUAAGAAAUAUGGCAAACUAUUUUCUUUCUCUGCAUCUAUCCAUGUAGAUUUGAAACAUUCAACUAUGGAAAAGGAGAAACAAGUCCCAUCACCGACAGGAGUUAUAGAAGCCUGCUUAGAAAACUUGGAUUCUGGCUCAGUUUCUCCUGAAAGUUCCCAAAAAGAAUUGGAAGUUGGUGGGUCGAGGGCACGGUCCAACUGGAGUAGAUUCUUCAAAUUAUGGAAAAAAAAAUCACUAAAGCACUUGGCCUCUUUCACUCCUUUACCAACAAGAAAGAGCAGAAGCGCAAGAGAGAACCCAGUCCUGAGAGAUUUGUUUAAGUUCAAGUCUUCCUUGGAGAAUUUUACACUUGCUCAGCUUCAAACUGCAUCAGACAAUUUUAGCCCUGAAAACUUAAUAGGAAAGGGUGGUUUUUCUGAGGUUUACAAGGGCCGUCUGCAAAAUGGAAAGCUAGUAGCAAUAAAGCGACUGACUAAAGGAACUGCUGAUGAAAAGACAACAGGGUUUCUAUCUGAACUUGGCGUCAUGGCUCAUGUUGAUCAUCCUAAUACAGCUAAGUUGCUUGGAUGUGGCAUUGAUGGGGGCAUGUACCUUGUUUUUGAAUUGUCCCCACUGGGGAGUUUAAGAUCUGUUCUUCAUGCUUCAGAAGUCAAACUUGACUGGAGUAAAAGAUAUAAAAUUGCUCUAGGAAUAGCAGAAGGAUUGCUCUAUCUUCAUCGGAGUUGUCGAAAGCGAAUCAUCCAUAGAGAUAUCAAGGUUGAUAAUAUUCUUCUUACAGAAGAUUUUGAGCCUCAGAUUUGUGAUUUUGGGCUGGCCAAGUGGCUACCCAGACAUUGGACUCACCACAAUGUAUCAAAAUUUGAAGGCACAUUCGGCUACUUUGCUCCUGAAUACUUCAUGCAUGGCAUAGUUGAUGAGAAAACUGAUAUAUAUGCCUUUGGUGUGUUGCUUUUGGAGGUCAUAACUGGGCGCCCGGCUGUGGAUCAUUUACAGCAGAGCGUAGUGAUAUGGGCAAAGAAUUUGCUUAAUAACAAUAGCAUCAAGGAGCUUGUUGAUCCUUCUCUUGGUGAUAACUAUGACCCAGAAGAGAUGGAGCGCGUUGUUUUGACUGCCUCAUUGUGCGUUGAGCAGUCUCCUAUUCUUCGUCCUCGCAUGAAUCAGGUUGUGAUACUGCUAAAAGGUGAUGAAUAUGCUAAAGAGUAUGCAAAUGAAGGCAACAAGAAGGCAUUGCAAAGAACUUACUCUGAAGAGCUCUUAGACGUUCAAGAAUACAACUCAACCAAGUAUCUGAAUGAUAUGAAACGGCACAGAGAGCUUGCUUUGGAAUGUUGAAUUGAAAGCAAAAGAAUCGCAUAUUUAGGAGGAAAAAAAAAAACAGUAGUAGUUGAUGUUAGUUCCCUUAGGAUUUUGCAGUUUCAAGGGUGUUUGGAAUUUCCAUGGAAAUGAAACUAUGUAUCCUAUCUGUUUUCCAUGGCAUUUGAACUUUGAAGACACUGUGCAGUAUGAAUUUCAAAUUCCAUGGAAAACAUUGUGAAGCCAUUUCAUUUCCAUAGGUGGAACAAACACCCAUUUUCAUUCUCAGACUCGAGAUGUUUUGUGGAGGAUUAAAUACAGCUUUAUAUAGAACAGAAACUUAGAAUA